AUUCAAUCCGGACAGCAAAUGUUGUGAAGACGAGGAGCGGAGGGAGGAGGAUCGGGGAGGAGGCCAGCCUCAGUCCGCACACACAGGAGGAGGAGGACGACGUGGAGCUGAACGCUGCGAGGACACCAGAAUAGAAGCAGAUAAGAUGGGAUAGAGAGCCGGCGGAGGUGCAGACAUGGAGGUGGAGUGUGCCAUGGAGGUCAUGGAGAGCGAUGACCCCGAGCAGGAGGAAGUCUUCCCCGCUCUGGAGUUUCCUAUUUUUACCACCCCAGAUCUUGGGGAGGAUGCCGGGGUCUACAUGAAGUUAAUGAUGAAGAGUCCCUGCUAUGACGCCAUCCCUACGAGCUGCAAGCUGGUCGUGUUUGACACCUCUCUACAGAUAAAGAAAGCCUUCCUGGCAUUAGUGGCUAAUGGGGUGCGAGCGGCUCCUCUCUGGGACAGCAAACAGCACUGCUUUGUGGGAAUGUUGACCAUCACUGACUUCAUCAACAUACUGCACAGAUACUACAAGGCUCCGCUGGUUCAGAUCUAUGAGUUGGAGGAGCACAAGAUCGAGACGUGGAGAGAAGUUUACCUGCAGAAUUCCUUCAAGCCGCUGAUCUCCAUUCCUCCGUCCGGCAGCUUGUUCCACGCCGUCUACUCGCUGAUCAAGAACAAGAUCCACCGGCUUCCGGUCAUGGAGCCCGUAUCAGGAAACAUCCUGCACAUCCUCACACACAAGCGGCUGCUGAAAUUCCUCCAUAUGUUUGGGGGCACCAUUCCGCGACCUCGCUUCCUGCAGAGAACCAUCCUGGAGCUGGGCAUCGGGACUUUCAAGGACGUCGCGGUUAUUCAUGAGGCAUCCAGUAUAUACAGCGCUCUGGAGAUCUUCGUAGAGAGAAGAGUGUCCGCCCUCCCCGUAGUGAACGAGGCAGGGCAAGUUGUUGGGCUGUACUCCCGAUUCGACGUCAUACACUUGGCAGCACAAAAGAUCUAUAACAACCUGGACAUCACAGUGGGGGAGGCGUUACGGCGACGCAGCUUGUGCCUGGAAGGUGUCCUGAUGUGUUACCCCCACGAGACCCUGGAGACGGUGAUAGACCGCAUAGUAAAGGAGCAGGUUCAUCGGUUUGUGCUGGUGGAUGAAGAGCACCGGCCCCGCGGGAUUGUGUCACUGUCGGACAUCCUUCAGGCCCUGGUUUUAACCCCAGCAGGUAUAGACCGCAAUACUUUGUGACCGAGUCGCCGGAGCUGCUAUCGGACUUUUCUCCCCUCCUGGGCUUUCUACGGCUUAGGGAAAAU